AUGGAUCAGAGGAAGAUGGGAUCUUCCAGCGCCACCAAAUCGUAUGUUUUGCCAAGCUUCUCCAGUGGACCAGCGAUGGAUGCCUUGAAGCGUAAUAAGAGCACCGGUUCGUCAAUGGUGGGAAGAGACAGACAUAAGGGUGCGCUUGUUGUGUGUUUUGGGGAACUUUUGAUCGAUUUCGUGCCCACGGUGGCUGGAGUUUCACUGGCGGAGGCGGAGGGAUUCAAGAAAGCUCCCGGUGGUGCUCCUGCUAAUGUYGCGGUUGGCAUCUCGAGAUUGGGAGGAUCUGCAGCUUUUGUUGGGAAGGUUGGAGAUGAUGAGUUCGGUCACAUGUUGGCUAACAUCCUCAAGGAAAACGACGUUGAUAAUUCAGGAAUGAGGUUUGACAAUCACGCAAGAACCGCACUUGCUUUUGUUACCCUAAGAUCCGAUGGAGAGCGCCAAUUCAUGUUCUAUCGUCAUCCCAGCGCUGAUAUGCUUCUUACCGAAGCAGAUCUUGAUCAAGAUUUGAUCAAAAAGGCAGCAAUUUUUCACUACGGAUCUAUCAGUUUGAUCGAAGAACCGUGUAGAUCAGCUCAUCUCGCUGCAAUGCAAAUUGCCAAAAAGGGAGGCAGCAUUCUUUCUUAUGAUCCCAAUCUGMGACUCGCUCUCUGGCCCUCGCCUGAGGCUGCUCGAAAAGGCAUCAUGAGCAUCUGGGAUCAAGCCGAUCUUAUUAAGAUUAGUGAGGAAGAAAUUGAGUUCUUGACCGGAGGCGAUAACCCCUAUGAUGACAAUGUUGUCUUGACCAAGCUUUUCCUCCCGAAUCUUAAGCUGUUGAUAGUCACCGAAGGUCCUGAUGGCUGCAGAUACUACACCAAGGAUUUUCAUGGCAAAGUUGGUGGUGUUAAGGUGAAAUGUGUWGAUACAACUGGUGCUGGUGAUGCUUUUGUUGGAGGWUUUCUCUGCUCUUUGGCUUCAAAUCUUCAAUUGUUAAAGGAUGAGAAGAAGCUGCGGGAAGCGCUAAAGUUUGGUAACAUUUGUGGUGCCCUCACGGUGACUUCGAGAGGUGCAAUUCCAUCCUUGCCUACAAAGGAAGCCGUUUUGAAGAAGUGGAAGGAGAUCGAACCCUGA